CGAAAAAAUGUCAAUGCUUGUUUAAGUUGGAGCGUUGGAGGAUUUUUAUUUUAAGUUAAACACAACAAAACAGCAAAUCUGUUAAUAGUUAACUUGUACCAAGUUUAAGAAUAGUGAUAAAGAAAUUUUAAAAACCAAGCAUUCAGCUUAAAAUAAAUAAAAAUUGAUUAAUUAUUUUGCUAUGUUACGUCUUUGAGGAUAAGAUAAGGUUAUGAAGUAAUCUCGUCUGAAAUAUAGGUUGAAUAUUGAAACAAAGAAAUAUAGUGGGUUAGUAAACAUCUUUUAAACUAUUAGCCUAUUUAAUGUUGUGAUCGUCAAGGUUUGCAGAAAAUUUUCUUAUGCAUUUUGUUUUCCAUUUUAACAUUGUUAAUUCAGUGCAUAACCAAUAGUUCCACCUCUAAAGAUGAGUGGAAUAAACAAUAUCUUAGGAGUUUCAAGAAAACAUCUUAACAACUUAACUCAGUUUAAAAAGGUAAUUAUUGUUCUUGGAAAUGAGUCAUGCGAUUUAGAUUCAGCAAUAUCAAGUAUAAUUUACAGCAUACUUCUGGAUCAUAAGAAGACUCAAGACAGCAUAGUUUUUCCCGUUUUAAAUAUCCCCAGUGUACAAUUACCUGUAAAGACUGAACUCAAUUAUUUCCUGAGGAAAAACCACAUUGAUGUAGACAACAUCAUAUGCAAAGAUGAGAUAGAUUUAUGCAGUUUAUAUGACAGUAAUUCAUUACAAUUGAAUCUAGUUGACCAUCAUGUCCUUGACGGAGACUAUAAACGACUGCAAGAUAGUGUGUUGUCAGUUAUUGACCAUCGACCUCAAGACCCUGCUUGGUUGUGGCCUCAAGUUGAUCUGACAUUACAAAAGGUAGGAUCGUGCUGUACUUUGGUGGCCGAGAAGCUGCUCACACAGGCUCCAGAAUUGGUCACGCCAACAGUUGCCUUACUUCUUCUUGGUGUUAUAAUCAUUGAUACAAAUGUUUUUUCACCUUCUGCUGGUUUGGCUUCAGCAUUAGACAUUCAUAUUGCUGACAAACUUGAAUCCCUCUGCAUCCAGCCUGUUGAUCGUAACACACUGUUCAAUGAACUGCAAUCAGCCAAACAAGAUGUUUCUUCCCUUACGUCCGCGCAACUCUUAAUUAAGGACAUGAAAGUGACUGCUGGUAUCCCUAUUGCAGGAUUCCCAAUUAAAGUUAAAAAGUUCUUAGAACGGAAAGACGCAGUAGAUGCCCUUAACUCAUUUUGUUUCCAGUUCAAGACCGAUCAGUGUGUGCUCUAUGGAAUGGAAGCAAACCCUGAGACAAUAACAAGAGAUUUAGCAGUGUAUUCAAGCUCUAACUCAGAGACUGCCUCAAAGCUAGUGUUAGCUCUAAAAGAAAGUACAAACCCUGAUCUAAAAUUACAUCCUAUUUCUUGCUCUUUUAAAGAAAUAGUGUUGUUUGAACAACUCAAUGUCAAGGCGACUCGUAAGCAGAUUCUUCCAAUUGUGAAAAAGGUUGCAGAGUCGUAAAUUUACUAUACAGACAGGUUGGUUUUAUAUUUUUUUCUUCCAACUUUUAACCUUUACAGUGAUUUU